UCUGUCUUAUGCUGGAAUGUGUGACUUUGGCAUGAUGGUUCCCCUCUUUUGGCUGCAGUUUCCUCCUCUGCCACAUAGGAGCCGGAACCACUGCUUAGUCACCCCAGCACCCCUCCAUCCUGAGGCCUUCCCCUGGGUCAAUAAGAAGAAUUUUCUCUGAGGCCUUCCUAUGAAGGCUGGCUUCUUCCCCAGAAGCAGUGGCCAGAUCACAGACCUGUGCUUGUGGACAGUGCUCUGGAACCCACCGGCCUCUCCCACUCCUUAUGUCCCCCUACAGGUCUGCACAACCUGACCAGGUCCUCCCUCCCUGGCAGGGGUGGGUGAUGACAGAAGAGUGUGUGGUAGGAUGAAUAUGUUAAGUGAUUGUGUGAGUUUCUGAGCUGCUUCAGUAACCUCCAUCAGACUCCAGAGAGCAGGAAACUGGCUCAAACUAGCCAGCAGGAGAGGAGAGAGCCCUGUGCCCUGUGAGGUAGCAGGGGCCCUUCAAACCCUGCUGGCCUCACAUGCAGAAUAGCCAGCCACCUUUCCCCUCAGGGAACCAGAGGGCAUUUGCUGUCUUUGCAGAUUGAAGUGUCACGAGUGUGGGAUCCGAGGAGGUCUCCCAAAGGGAAAAGGGGACCUCACUCAGCCCUGACAGGUUCUUGACUUAUAGCAUAGAAAGGAAUUUCAGGACAAGUGAAUAGAGGCGUAGGCCUGGGGAGUGAAGGUGGGGCUUUUAGAUUUAAAACUACAGUCCCUCUUUCCUUCCCUUUCUACUUGUCCUUAGAUCUUCUAUCCUACCUCAGGAACAAUGCACGGGCUGCUCAGGUGCCUCCCAUGUCUGCAGGCCCUGACACAUGCAGAAAGUCCUGGCUUGAUUAAGCUUUCACCUUGUCUUCUAUUAGUCUGGAGUUUCCCCAUAGCUUUGAACCAAAGCUUCUCGGAUCCCCAGCAUUACUUAAAAGGUAUUACCCAUCUGCAUCACUGAACCACCAAACCUUUACCAGAUUCCAACAAAGUGAUGGUGCUCCCACUGUGGUCUAAUGGCCAAAGUCACUCUUCUGUGGAAGGACUCUUUUUACUUGGGUCACUUUCCUCUACAGGUGAAUCUGUGAAGUAGGAGUCUUGCUGAGGAGAUAAGAGUUGCUAAAAAUGAUGCAGUUUAAAAAUCACUAUUUAAACCAUAUGGAUCGGGCUGGGAAUGUGGCUCAAGCGGUAGCGCGCUCACCUAACAUGCGUGCGGCCUGGUUCGAUCCUCAGCACCACAUACCAACAAAGAUGUUGUGUCCUCUGAGAACUAAAAGUAAAUAUUAAAAUAAAUAAAUAAACCAUAUGGAUCUGCUUAAUCGUGCUGCCCUAGGGCAAAGGCCCCCUGCAAUUAAUUACCAGGCAGGAGGGAAAGUAGACUUUUGGAGCUUCUGGACGCCACCCCCAGGGAUGUGCAUUCUAUCUCAGUUGACACCAAGAAGUCAGGUGGAGCGACUCUAACCUAGCACUGCAAGGCAGGCAGGCGAGGGUCUGAGGAGGGCGGAGGUGAAACCUGGGAGCCAGGGCAGGGAUCCCUGGGGUGCGUCGCGGCGCGGGGAUGGUGUCUGCCGAGCCGACUGGGGGCGCCAUCGAAGAGGAGCCCGUGGAGCGUCGCUGCCAUCCGGGAUGCAGCCCUGGUGGUGGACGGCGGCGGGCUGUCAGGAACCCCAGGACCUCCGCGCGCUGCUCCUGCUCCUGCUGCUUCAGCUGCUGUCGCCGCAACUGGCGGGCUGCUCACGUGCAGAGGAGCCCCCAGGGGCGCUGUUCUCCAGGGCCUUGAGCGACCCGGGCACCCCCAGCACCUCCAGCACCCCAGGCACCCACAGCAGCUCCAGCACCCCCAACCCCACGAACGAGUCUCAACUUCCACCGCAGAGCACGACGGCUUCCAGCACCCAACCCCAGGUGCUGCCGCCGAUCUGUGGCUUCUCCUAUGAACAGGACCCUACCCUCAGGGACCCAGAGGCCAUGACUCGGCGGUGGCCAUGGAUGGUCAGUGUGAGGGCCAAUGGUAUACAUGUCUGUUCGGGCACCCUCAUUGCCUCCCGAUGGGUCCUGGCCGUGGCCCACUGCCUGACUCAGCAUGAUAACUAUACAGUGAUGGUGGGGAGUCCAUGGAUUGACCAGAUUGCGCCCAGUAGCUCCAACAUCCUGGUGCUCCAGGUCAUUGUGCACAGAAGGUUCCGGUCCAAGCGGUACUGGUCCUGGAUUGGCCAAGCUAACAACAUCGGCCUCCUCAAGCUUCAGAAGAAGCUCAAGUACAACAAGUAUGUCAGGCCCAUCUGCCUGCCUGGCCUGGACUAUGCUCUGGAGGAAAGUUCCCUCUGCACUGUGACAGGCUGGGGCUCUCCCCAGGCUAAUGGUGAGUGGCCCCAGUUCCAGACAAUUCAGGAGAAGGAAGUUGUCAUUCUGAACAGCAAGGAGUGCGAUGCCUUCUACCACAGCUUCUCCAGAAUCCCCUCUCUGGUUCAAAUCGUCAACUCCCAGAUGAUUUGUGUCAAGGAUGGCAGCAGAGAGAAUUUCUGCUAUGAGACAACUGGCGAACCCUUGGUCUGCUCUUUGGAGGGCACGUGGUACCUGGUGGGAAUGAUGAGCUGGGGCCCCGGCUGCAAUAAGAGUGAGGCCCCACCCAUCUUCCUGAAAGUCUCCGCCUACCAGGCCUGGAUCUGGGACAGCCUCAUGGGGAAGUCCCUGGCCCUGCCUGCCCCUUCCAGAGCCCUGCUGCUGGUUCUGCCACUGCCCCUCAGCCUCCUUGCCACUCUGUGACACUCCGUGGCUCCCCUGGGUGCACCCCCCUCACCCAGCCCCCUUCCUCCCCUCCAUGCCCAGAAUGUCCUGGACAGGUGCAGCUGUCAGUCCCCAGGGUGGAGUAGAGACAGGUGCUCUAUUAAACACUUUUCCAUGUCUCAUCUUC